GGGCAGUUCUUUUCCAAUCAGAUAUCCUUCUAGAGAUGCAUUGCAACGGUUACAGGCUUACACGGGCAGCAGGAUAGAGAUCUGCAAACGCCACCGUAAGGUCAUCCUAGGUUGCACGGAGAUAUGCUGUGGUAGAAAGGAUCUGCCCAAUAUAUCCUCAUUGUUGCUUUUCAAGUACCUCAUGGACGAUGUCCGUGUUGGCCUCCUUUGCUACGAUCUGGCAUUGCAGUCAUCGUGUGAGCUGGAGCGUUCAUCAAAGCACUUAGAGAACCUAACAGUAUUUGCUAUCUCUAAUUGCAUCAUUCAUUCUCGUAUACUCGAUAAGGUCGGUUCGUACACUUGCCUUACAGAAAAUACAGGACAUUCGUGUUCCGCUGACAGACUGAUAACCAACGGUCAACCCUGCUGGAAGAGAUCUGGUGCGGCAUGAGGCAAAUCUAACACGCAGUUCUUGUAAUAAUGCUACCCAACCGCCAGCCCAUGCGAUAAUCACCCUACCCAUUUAUUUGAAGUCCACCAUGAUUAAAGCAUGGACCCUGCCCAUUUCAAUCAUCCGCCAAGUGGCAGCCCUGUCGCCUCGUCACCUAGAGAUGGGCACUAUACGCACGCCACAUCCUCUCCAUACGUCAACUAUCGAGGCAACUUGACGGACACAGCAAGGUCAACAAGUAGCAGUCACUACAGUGCUUUCUCCUCCCACUCUGCAAAGUCAGCAACAAAAGACGAAAAUAUCCAUGUGGUGGUUCGCUUUCGGCCACCCUCCAGUGCAUCAAAGCGCCCGGGAAGUAAUGAAAUAGUUAUAUGUGGGGAAGAUCGCCAAACUCUCCAGAUGAUCACGGCAAACGGUGAAAGAAGACAGCUCACAUUCGACCAAAUCUUUGACGCGAAUUGCUUGCAAGCGGAUGUAUUUGAGAAUUCUGGGGUGAAAGAUUUGGUGAUCCGGGCACUUGAUGGAUAUGCAACUACUGUCUUUGCGUUUGGACAAACUGGGAGCGGAAAAAGCUUUACUAUGACUGGACCACCUGGUGCAGAAAUGGAUCUGGACCGAAGCGGGAUAAUACUUCGUGCUCUGCAAUUCUUGUUUGCUCAAAUCAGUGCACGUCCUGAUAUUACCUAUACUGUCCGAGCCGCCUACCUAGAGAUAUACAAUGAACACGUACAUGAUCUGCUGAGCCCUUCAACUGCAUCGUCUCUCACCGUGAGAUACUCUGCUUCACGAGGAUUUUAUGUCGAGAAUCUAUUAGUAUUAGAGUGUCAUGCGCUAGGCGACUGUGUAGCAGUUCUACAAGAAGGUCUGCGUAAUCGGACCACACGUGCCCAUCAGCUCAAUGAGUAUUCUUCCAGAAGUCAUGCAAUGAUGACAUUGUACAUUGACAGUGAGCGGGCAGACCCGGAAGGCGGUUUGCCGUUGCGCCAACAUGGGAAAAUCAGCUUUGUCGAUUUGGCUGGUAGCGAGAAAGUCAAAGAAUCAAAAACAACCGGCGAUAUGCUCACUGAGACGUUCAACAUUAACAAAAGUCUUCUAACAUUAGGAAACUGCAUAUCCGCGCUUUCCGAUCCUCGCAAGCGAAACGGCCACAUCCCGUAUCGAGAUUCGAACUUAACACGACUCCUUGCGGACUCUUUGGGCGGCAGCGGCUUGGCGUUGAUGAUAGCAUGCAUUUCUUCGUCGCCUCACCAUUCAAAUGAAACGCUAAAAACGCUACGUUAUGCACAAAGAGCAAAACGCAUUCAAAAUCGGCCAGCCAUGCACAUAGAGCCUCGCGAUGAAGUUGUAAAUAGCUUAAAAAGGGAGAUUGAUCAGCUUCGAAGGGAAAAUCAGCAUCUGAAAGCUAUGUUGUCACAAGGCGAGAUCGCACGACCGCAUGAAGGAGAGUUUGGAGUGCAGUCUGGAGUGCAUCUGCCGCAGAUAGCGCAGGUUGUCUCCUAUACAAACCAUGCAGCACCAGAAAGAUCAUCAGUGAAACACCCGGUCAGCGGCCAAACGAAUCAAACAGGAAGGGGACUGCAUGCAUCAAUCCCUGCUUCAAAGGUUCGCGGCGGAAAGGGAUCGAAGGUUGCUAGAUCCGAGUCCAAGCUCCAGCGCUCACCCGCAGAACGGAAGCCUAUGAACGCAUCUCCAUCCAGAUACUCAAUGCAUCCGCCACAAGCUGCAUCGCGCACAAUGCCUAGUGGUGGUGCCAUGCUCUCGCCAAACAAUCAACCAAGUAUGGUUCCAGAAAUGUGGUAUCCUCAAUGGCACGAGCAACCAAUGUCCCCAAUGAUGCCAUAUCCCCCCGUCUAUCAAUAUCCCAUCAAUUCACCAAGUGAUGCUGCACAAAUACGGCAGCGAAUCAGCCAGGAUGUUCAUGCACUCAAUAACCAAAUUGCUCUCAUGGAGGGUAGACGUCGUUAACUCUCCGUAGGACAAGGAAGGAUGAGAACGCGAAAGGCAGAUGUACUUCUGUGUAGGCUCAACGACGUGUACAAUUCGGUCUAAUCCUAACUAACUGCCAAAAAUACACAAGUUGCUCAUCUAUCUAAACUAUACCACCG